GGAGGAGGUGACGCGCUAAGUGAGCGCCGGCGGCGCGGCAGCGUCUCUGGAGAAGCUCAGCACCCGUGGCCGCCGGGAGCAGGCCGGGCACCUCCUCCCUAGCGGUGAUUCCCUCUGGGCUGGCGAAGGCGAGGCCGCAGUCUUGGGUGCUACAGCGUCUGAGCCGUGGGGGGGCCAGGUGCCUGGAGCAAGAGACGCAGGUAUGUCUUCAGGGUAAAUUCCUUAAAUUGGGGAUGCUGCAUAUGAAGCUACAUCCACAUCUCAUUAUGCAUCAGAAAAAUGAAAAAACAGAGGAAAAUUCUAUGGAGGAAAGGAAUCCACUUAGCCUUUUCUGAGAAAUGGAAUACUGGAUUUGGAGGCUUUAAGAAAUUCUACUUUCACCAACACUUAUGCAUUCUGAAUGCUAAGUUGGGAAGGUCAUUUACUUGGAAUAGACAGUUGAGUCAUUUUCAUUGUAGAAAGAAGGCUCUUCAAAUCCAGAAAUCAUGGAUUCAGGAUGAAUCUUUUUGUGCUAAGACUAAAUCUAGUGUGGCUACUCAAAAUCCUAGUACUUUGUCUUCUAAAGUGAAAAGAAAGGACACUAAGUACUUCAUUUCUUCUUCAAGGAGUCUUCUGAAACUCCAAGCAGAGAAGUUACUAUCGUCAGCAAAGAACUCGGACCAUGAAUACUGUGGAGAGAAGAGUCUCUUAAAGGCAGUCUCUGGCUUGCCAGCAAGUAGUGCAUUAGGUCAGACCAAUGGUCAUAGACCUAGGACAGUGCCACAGGCUUCUGAGUUUCCCAUGAAGUUCACUGGGGAAAGCCAAAGUCCAGGUGAGAGUGGCAAGAUUGUGGUCACCUUGAGCAAUCAUAAGAGAAAGCGCUUUUGUUAUGGCUGCUGCCAAGGACUAGAACACCACAGGAGUGGGGGACCCCUGAUUCCAAAAAAGUUCCAACUUAACCAACAUCGAAGAAUAAAAGUGUCUCCACUGAUGAUGUAUGAGAAGUUAUCCAUGAUUAGAUUUCAGUAUAGGAUUCUCAGAUCCCAGCACUUCAGAACGAAAAGCAAAGUUUGCAAGCCAAGGAAAGCCCAGCGAAGCUGGGUACAAAAGGUUACUGGGGACCACCAAGAGACCCUUAAAGAUAAUACGGAGGGUGGCAGUUGUAGCCCAUUUCCUUCCCCAGAACCUAAAGAUCCUUCUUGUCAGCAUCAGCCAUACUUCCCAGAUAUGGACAGCAAUGUUGUAGUGAAGGGAAAGAAUUCCCAUAUGCCUGAUGAUCACCCUAAAGGAAGUCCUUUCCCAGACAAGGAGCUUAAUUUAGAUGAAGCAUUCCCUGACCAACAGAAUGGCAAUGCCACAUAUCCUUGGGACCAAUCGCCUUCUUCGUCUCCAAAGUGGGAGUGUACAGAGCUGAUUCAUGACAUGCCCUUGUCAGAACAUCAUUCUAGUAAAAGGUUCACUUCAGAAACUGAAAAAGAAAUUAUGACUCUGGAUCAGGAAAAUCGGACAAGCACUGUCAGUGAUGACAGAGUAAAGCUGUCAGUGACCGGAGCAGAUAAAUCUGUGAGUAGUGUAGAUGGGCCUGUGUCUGAAGAGAAUGUUCACAAUGAGAACUCCUACCAGAUGGAAGAGGAUGGAUCUUUCAAGCAGAACAUUCUUAGUUCUAAGUUGCUGGACCACCCUUACUGUAAAAGUCCACUGGAAGCUCCCCUGGCAUGCAGUGAACUCAAACUAGAAAAUCAACUGGGAGGGGGGAAGAACAACUCAAAAGCAUCUCCAGUGGACGAUGAACAGCUUUCAGUCUGCCUUUCUGGAUUUCUAGAUGAGGUUAUGAAAAAAUAUGGAAGUUUGGUCCCACUCAGUGAAAAAGAUGUCCUUGGAAGAUUAAAAGAUGUCUUUAAUGAAGACUUUUCCAAUAGAAAACCAUUUAUCAAUAGAGAAAUAACAAACUAUCGGGCCAGACAUCAAAAAUGCAACUUCCGCAUCUUCUACAAUAAACAUAUGCUGGAUAUGGAUGAUCUGGCGACCUUGGAUGGUCAGAAUUGGCUAAAUGACCAGGUCAUAAAUAUGUACGGCGAGCUGAUAAUGGAUGCAGUCCCAGAUAAAGUUCACUUCUUCAACAGCUUUUUUCAUAGACAGCUGGUAACCAAAGGAUAUAAUGGAGUUAAGAGAUGGACUAAAAAGGUGGAUUUGUUUAAAAAGAGUCUUCUAUUGAUUCCUAUUCACCUGGAAGUCCACUGGUCUCUCAUUACUGUGACACUCUCUAAUCGAAUUAUUUCAUUUUAUGAUUCCCAAGGCAUUCAUUUUAAGUUUUGUGUAGAGAAUAUAAGAAAGUAUUUGCUGACUGAAGCCAGAGAAAAAAAUAGACCUGAAUUUCUUCAGGGUUGGCAGACAGCUGUUACGAAGUGUAUUCCACAACAGAAAAAUGACAGUGACUGUGGAGUCUUUGUGCUCCAGUACUGCAAGUGCCUCGCUUUAGAGCAGCCUUUCCAGUUUUCUCAAGAAGACAUGCCCCGUGUGCGGAAGAGAAUUUACAAGGAGCUGUGUGAGUGCCGGCUGCUGGACUGACUCAGCAGUGGUCUGCAAGUCUGACCAAGUUGGAACAGAUGGUUUGUUACUUGAAUCUCCAAACACUCAUUUGAAUUUUUACAGAUAUUCAGAUCAGUGGUGUUGGGCCACUAUUGUUACCUCAAAUUUAUUUUUUGCCCUUAUUCAUUUCUCCAACUACCAUGUACUUUUUUAAUAUUCAGUUUGAUUUCAUUUUUAAUUUUAUGGAUUCCGCGCGUCCCUCCCAUAUUUAAUAUUUAUUAUCCAAACGCAUGCAUAUAGACAGAGCAUGCAGUGAAGAGUAUUAAAAAAAAAAAAAAGCCUAGUAGAUUUGGUGCAGCUUUUGAAACUUAGUUAGCGUGAACUGAAUACAGGUUUAAAAUUUAAUCUCAGAACCUAAAAAUGCAAAUGUUUUUUGAUUCAGUAUAACUCGGAGUAGUCAGUGUUCCCUGGGACAUAAAGGGUAGCUAGGAGAGGUUUUGACAAAGCCAGUUCUGUUUUACUUUUACCAGCAGCACCUUUCACUUACUUCCCUCUCCAAGGGAGUCCUAGAAAAUGAAGUGCAUUCCUUUUGAAGGGUGAUAUGGAAGUUGGCUGUAAAGUGAUGGGUGUGUUCUGUCCAUGGAGGCCCACUUACAAGCAAAGAGCCUACUUUGGAAGAGUUGAUUCAAGUAUAAGAAAAAGGCAGUGACUGGGGCCAGAUACCUUAUCAAAUGAGAUUUCAGUCCUGGUCUUAGGAGUUACAAUGCAUAGCAGCCUAAAUCUUAUAAUGAGACAUUUAUUUAAUAACCUGUUUUUUUUCUGAUUUUGACCUAUGAAAAAGCUUGGUGUCUUGUCAAACCAGUAGUUAAACAAAUGAGAUAUUCAGCCUUUUGAGAAGUAAUUUUUAAGUUGCUACUUUCCUUGUGUUGCCUCCCAUAUGGGAGAAUUUAAGAUUUACUUAAUACAUUUCUAUUUCUAGUGUAUCUGAAAUAUGAACAUUCAAAAUUGAAGGCUGACUUCUUUUGCAGAUGCAUGGGGAGAAGAGGGAAGGUAAUAAAGAAAACUUGGUUCCCAAGGAGUGCAGUAAUAUAUUAGAAUUGCUUCCCUCCUCUCUAGUGAUCUCCCCUCAUUCAGGGCUCACUUGGCUUCUGCACAACUAAUCCUGACAUUUUAGCAUGGCAGUUACUUUUUUCCCUUCUGUUAAUCUUCUAUCUUCAGGGGACAGGCUGUAAUGUGGUCCCUUUCCUUAUAAUUAGCUGCACUGAGAUGAAAGUAAUGGAUCUUAGAUCUUUUAUCUGGCUUUUUGUGACAUAUUUGAAAGGAAAGGAAAUAAGGAAGGAUACAUGUUAAACUACCCAAUUAUCUUUUCUGCACUAGGGGAGGAAAAUAUAUUGGUAACAAAUUCAAAUGUUUACUCAGAAAACUACCAAAUAAAUGGCAGAAGAUACUCGAAUUUAUGCCUGGUUAGGUGUGUGUUGAAAAGAAAAAGCUAAAAUGCUUUAACUUGGCUGUAAGUUAUGAUUGAAACAAGGCUGACUGCCAGCAGUUGAGGGUUGAGUCAGACUGUUUACAUGCACAUGCAUGUAAACCAGUGUUGACACUGGGAAGCAGCCUCUCCCAACAACUCCAGACUCAAAUUCCUUAGUAUAAAAGCAGGUCACUAUUUCUUACUUUGUUAAAUACUGGGAGUAGAAGCACUUUAUGCUACUAGAGGUAAGGUUGUGUCACCAUAAGGGAAGAUGAGAAUUUAUAGUGUGGAGAUGUUGUCUUAAGGUUUCCAGACAUAACUAUUAUGCAAACAUGGGAUCUUUCAAAAUGUAUAUGAGACAUUUACUUUUUUUUUUUUUUUUUUUUUUUGUGGGGUUGUUGCAAAGUAACCAGUAAGUAACUAGCCUAUUGACUCCAAAUGCCUCAUUCUUCAGGGAGUAUCUCACUUCCCCACUGACACCACACAGAAGAGAAAAAAUUCUACAAAAACAAAAGAAUUUUUUCUUUUGGCAAUGCUGGGGAUUGAACCCAGGGCCUCCUGUGGGCUAGGCAAGUGCUCUACCACUGAGCCACAUGCCUAGCCCUCCUACAAGAAUCGUGAUGCCCAGAGCUUGAGUUGCCACACUUCCUCCAGUGUGAAAUAUGAUCAUCAUUAUCAGCACUGGGGCAUGCAGGAAUGAUCAGAGACCUUAAGUGAGCUGUCCAUAUCUAGUUACUCUUUCACUUCCAACAUCAUAGGGCAUCCUGAGGUACCUGGCAUGGUUUAGCCUAAAGUUGAAUAUUUUGUCUGUUUUUAAAAUGUUUCUGUCAAUCAUGAAACUUGGUUUCAGCACACUUAAUUGCUUUUACUUCUUGUAAUUAGAUAUAAACCUCUAUUUAGCUAAAGUCCUAGAUAGUCUUUUGUCCUGAUGUUUGCAGUAAUUGCUUCCUUGCAACAAAGGCAUUUUUGAAACACUUCUGGGCUGUUGGCGAAAAGCGUUGAGUUCAUCACUGGCCUGGCACUGAACUGUCUGGCUGCCCACAAGACAGAUCUUAUGGUUUGGGGGCUGAGUGCAGACCUUGCACAAAAGAACAAUUUAUGACAAGCCUUCAACCAGCUGUCUAGUUGUCUCUAUGGGCAAAUUUACCAGGUUAUAGUUGCUUCUUUCUGGUGGCCUUUCUUUUUGUUAAAUCUGUAGCAGUGAACAUUUAUAUAUUUAAUGCAUCUUUUAGUUUUAUCAAGAAUCAGAGAGAAUCAACUCUCAGUUAGCCUUUUUAAGGAAGAAAAAGGAAGCAGUUGUUGCCAGUAAUCCCCACAUAUUUUUGGCUUUGCCUUGUAUUUUCUACUUACUGUUGAAUAUGAGUAACAUGGUCAUCUUGAGUUUAUAGUUGGAACAAAACAAUAACAGAUCUAACUGGGACACAGCCAGCACUCACCUGAUAUGUUGCCCUUUUUCCUCUACAGUUGUAGUUCACUGCUUCCCUGGGUUAAGUAAUUGGUGGGGGGAGGGGGGUCUGGGAGAUUCACAACCUUUCAGGCAAGAAAUGGCAAAUUUAUAGUUGAAUUCGAUAUGCCAGUUACCUGCUCUCCUUAAUCAUAUUAAAGAAACCAAGUUAAUUGGCAGUUAUAAAGCACAUACUUUGCUAUGUGCUAGGCUGUGCCUCCUGGCCUACAGAUAAUUAAAACCUAGGGAAUACCAUCAGAGAAGUACUAAUUGUAUUGGGUGUUACAAAAGCAGACCUAGACAAGUUGUUCACUUAAAUGGUACUUGUUGGUCAGAAAAGAAUUUAAAAAGAUUAUGAUCAUGUAAAAUUACAGUACUCAACCCUUCUAGCAAAGUAUUUUUUUGAAAAAUAAACUAAAUGCCUUUAUAAACUCA